AUGCUUGGACGGGAUAUCAGGACAUGGGGUUCAAUCGUUUGGAGCUUGUGUUUAGAUGCAAGACACAACAAAGCCUUGUCUCUUUUCCACCUCUGCUUAAAGAGUUAUGAAGCUUUUAAACCAGAUCACAUUGUCAUGGUUGCCAUUCUCAAGUCUUGUUCUACUCUUUUGGCUCCCAAAUUGGGCAGAGCUGUGCAUAGUUGUGUUGUUAAACAAGGUUCCAACAAAUGUGAUCCGGAUGUGAUGAGGAUAUUUAAGAUGAUGCAUACUGGUGGGGAGGCAAUGCCAAAUUCUAUUUCUGUUGCUACUAUCCUUCCUGUUUUUGCUCGUUUGGGGAACCUGGAUGCUAGAUUGUGUGUGCAUACUUAUGUUAUCAAGUCUGGUUUCGAACAAGAUACCCUCGUUGGAAAUGCUCUCCUGUCAAUGUAUGCAAAGUGUGGGCUGGUGUCCCGAGAAGCAUAUGCUGUCUUUGAUGAUAUUGUUCACAAAGAUGUUGUUUCGUGGAAUGCAAUGAUUGCGGGCUUGGCUGAGAAUGGGUUAGUGGAGGAUCCAUUCUUGUUGUUCAGUUCAAUGUUGAAAGGGCAUAUGCAGCCAAAUUAUGCGACUACUGCAAAUAUUUUGCCUGUUUGUGCCUCAUUUGAUAAGAGUGUUGCAUACCGUUGUGGAAGGCAGAUCCACUCUUAUGUGCAACAGUGGCCUGAUUUGUCAGCUGAUAUUUCUGUCUGUAAUGCUUUGAUUAGCUUCUACUUAAAAGUUGGGCAAAUGAGGGAAGCAGAAGCUUUGUUUUGGACAAUGGAUUCAAAGGAUUUGGUCACGUGGAAUGCUCUUGUUGCAGGGUACACAUCAAAUGGUGAAUGGUUAAAAGCACUACAUCUGUUUGGUAAUUUAGUAUCACUUGAAAUGUUAUUGCCAGAUUCUAUGACCAUGGUCAACAUACUUCUAGUUUGUGCAGAAUUGCAAAAUAUGCAGGCAUGGACCAAUGUUGACAAGUACCAAGAAAUAAAAAACAUUACACUGAAUAUGUAG